CAAGUCGGCUGCCGUCGAGUUUAGUCCAGUUUCCUUAGUGUUGUCCACACUCUGGUGGAAGUUUUCCCUUUAGUUGCAGUAAAAUGCCACCAUACGGACGGUUUGUGUUGAAAAAUGAAUAAUUCAGUUGAUUUGAGUGAAACGACCGUGAAUCCGCGGCCAACAUCGAACUAAGUUCAAGACCUGCUCGCAGUCGCCUUCGUAGGAGUCAAGCAGCGGACGAAAAUGCCAACGUUUUCAACGGCGGCGCGUCAACAGGAGGAACUACUAGAAGAGAGUCCCGCGUUCGCCGUAGUGCCGGUCGACCACUUUCGCGGUAUCGGAAAGCCCAAUGCGAUCGUCCGACCUCUGCGCCACAACCGGGAAGUGAUCGAGGGUCAGCACAUUAUACAUCUGCACCCGGACUACAAGCUGAUCCACGACCUAGAGGCACAGAUCAUUCGCAACAAGAGUGACAGCAAUAACAACAUUGGUAACAUCACCACCACCACCACCAAUAACACUAACGUCACCUCAAACGCCGUAGUUUCGACCAAGAAGACGGACCGCAGACACAAUGAGUUCACCAAGGAGUUGGACGCCAAAUUGAGGCGCCUGCAGAACGACUCCUCCAAGCGGUCAUCGAAGAAUGGAAGUUCCCAGGAGGUUGACGCCAAGCGGAAACCGCUCUUCAUCACAACCGUCCCGAAGGGGGUGUUCCUCCAGCCGACCAAGGAACUCCCCACGCUGGUCCCAUCGGCGUCCACCUUGAGACGGAUUUACGCCUACGAGAGCCGGCCCAAGCUUCUGACCACAAACAACCUUAACAACAACAACGAUAUCAAUCAUCCGAACCACAAUGUCGAGGGCGAUUUGUACAAACAUAAAAUCAUCAUCGCCCAGAAUCAGAACUUGGAAUCGCAGCCGCAGCACAAUACCAAGGGGGCGACCGCUUUUAUCAGCGCCACCGUCAACGUUCCGAGGCACAGCUGCAUCAAUCGAAAUGCCAGAGACCACCAGAACCCCACCACCUACCAGAAUGUGAUGCACGACCGGCGAGUCGUCCGGGGCAGCAACUUCACCUCCAGCAACGUCCAAUCGUGGAACCCUAAUUUCGCUUACGCUGGUCUUCUAUCAGGAAAGGGCGAUGGCGACAGCUUGCAGAAGGAACAGGAAGCACGCCGGCGUCAGAUCCUGCGCAAAAAGCACGUGGCGGCACGAAAUCAGCGUGGCAUCAUCGGCACUCCGCCUGCGGUCCGUGGCCGGAAGCACGAAAAUGUACAAACCGAAAAGUACCUCGAGGAGCUCUUUGUCCGUCCGCCGGAAAUGGACGCGUGCUGUCAGACGGAUCUGUUCCUUCACAGACCACCGUCUCCACCGUACGUGCCCCAGAAGCAGGGCCAGGACGUGGCCACCGAGAUCCUCGACGGUGAGCUGUUUGACUUCGACACCGAGGUCCAGCCCAUCGUGGAGGUUCUGGUCGGUCGCACGAUCGAGCAAGCCCUCAUCGAGGUUCUUCACGAGGAGGAAAUUGCCGAGAUGAAGCGCCAGCAGCAGCAGAUUAUGGCCAUCCGGGAGGCCGAACUGGCCGAGCUGCGGCGGCUCGAACUAGAAGAUCGCAAGCUAACUGCCGAAAAAGAACGCCGAAUACUGCAGGAUAAGAUCGCUCAAGAUCUGGACCGAGAAAUGCAGGAACGCAUCACAGCAUCCAAGCUGCUGCAGGGCAGAAUCGACACCCUGCUGCCGGACAUUCUGGACACGGUGGAGAACAUCAAGGACGAAAAGGAUCGCGAAGAGUUUGAGCGCCAAAUUGCGCCGUGGCUGGCCAAGGAAGUGGCCCAGGAAAUUGGCCAGAUGAUUGACUAGGAGCUGCUCGAAGACAUUAUACGUGAAGUACUCAUUCAGAAGAAGCGCAACUUGUUGGGUUCGUCGUCUCCGGAAAUGGAGGUCGCCGUGGACGCUCCCGAAGACGAGGUGGACUUUGAAGAGGAGGAGGAGGCUGAAGAGGGCGAACAUGCUGCGGAGGCUGAGCCGGCAGAGGAAGAGAAGAACGUAGAAAACGGUGAUUCCCAGUAAGAUUUGUGAUAGAUACGGGCGCGUGCAGAAUUGCAGAGAGAAGAAAGAAAAGAAAUCCAUUACUAAAUUUUUCAUCAAGAACGUAAAUUAUUUCGAAAACUAGCACUUAUUUGAAGAAUUGAUAUUUCAAAACAUGAAAAAAAACAAAGCAAAACAAAAUUCACUUAGGUUGUUAUAAUCAGUGAGAUAAACAAAGAGAGAGAUUUAACUAUAGAAUCGUGUUUGAAGCAAUUUAGCGAGACUUUAACAUUUUUGCAGUAGUGUUGCAGAGAAAGGCUCUUCAAAACCAAGAAAAUUCAAUUCACUUGUAAUAUAUUCGUAAGUUUUGUCUGUUAGAAUCAUUGUUACUCAAUAAAGCAGCUCUAUAUUUUCGGAA